AAUGCAUGAUUUGAUAAAAUAAAAACCCUAAAGCAAACAACUUCACUGUUUAGCGAAAAAAAAAAGGCAAAAAAGAAAGGACUGGUGAAAGAAAUGAGCAGCUCAGUGACAACAGAUAUAGAAAGCUCGACCCCAAUCUCCGACGGUGGUGGCGGCACCACCGACAACGCAACCAAGAAGCCCUCCAAUGACGAAUCCGUCGAUUCCACCCCCUUUGGUGUAGGUGAAAGAGUUCUUGCUUUUCAUGGUAACUGCCUUUACGACGCCAAGUUCAUUCUUUCAUCUGAUGCACUCUUUUGUGUUGCGUGUGCAAAGGUGCAAAAGGUUGAACACUGUGUGGAAGAAUUGAAGUAUUAUAUUCACUAUGUAGGGUGGAAGAAAUCUUGGGAUGAAUGGGUAAGUGUGGAUCGCCUUGUGAAAUACACUGAGGAGAAUCUUCGGAAGCAAGAUCAGCUUAAUAAUGAGCAUGCAACUGAGAGAAGUGCAAAGCCUGGACGUCAAUCACAAGAUAAAACUAAAAGCUCUGUGGGUCAGAUUUCACAACCUCCCGGCUUGAGUGGCAAGAAACGGGAAUGUGAUAUCGAUGUGAAGGAGGAUAGUGUUGCACCAUGGGAAAAGCUUAUGAGCAUCCAAAUUCCGUCUGCCUUGAAGAAACAUCUGGUUAAUGAUCAAGAAUGUAUAACUCAUCUGGGCCAGUUAGUCAAGCUUCCACGUUCCCCAAGCGUUUGUGAGAUAUUGAACAAGUAUUCUGAUUACCGGGUGAAGAAAGAUGGCGUAAUUGUUGAGACUGUUGUAGAGAUUAUAAGUGGGCUCAGAUGUUACUUCGACAAAGCUUUGCCGGCAAUGCUACUGUACAAAGAAGAACGUGAGCAGUACAAACAAGUGAUUGCUGAUAACACUCCUCCUUCGUGCAUAUAUGGAGCCGAACAUUUUUUAAGGCUCUUUGUUAAAUUGCCCGAGAUGCUGUCGUCCGUGUAUAUCGAGAUGGAGACAUUUCAAGAUCUACAACAAAUAUUGAUGGACUUCCUCAAGUUCCUCAAGAUCAACCGAAGUGCAUUUUUUAUUACAAACUACCAGAAUUGGGGGGGUUCGUUCACUGCUGUUAAGGAAGAAGAAAACUAGGAAAUGUUAUCUGAGGUGAUCUUAAUGGAAAUGAAAAGGACAUCAUUUUCGUACAGCAUGUGGUUGUCGAAUGAGUUGGUCGUUCAUAGCUGAUGAUAUGUAAUUCGUGGCAUACCGAGAUUUUUUGACCAGGCUCUCUAAUAUAUGUGAAGGUUGCCCAGUUAUUCUCUGAUAUGUAAUUCUUGGCAUAACAAGAUUUAGACUUGCAUGUGAACUCGACACUGAUACUACACCUGUUGAGCAAUUAUAUAAUAUAAAUUUAGUGUUGAAGAACAUACAAUCUUUAUGUACUAAAUGUGGACCAAUAAUAUCAAGUUAUC